AUGGCGCAGCUGCUGGCCCACUUGCACCUCUACCUGAUUGCUUGGAAAUUCUCUACGGGUCAAAAAGCUCGUGUUCCCGCGGGCAUUGAGCGUCUGAUGGAGACGCUUUGUCUUGGAUAUUACCACUACAACAGCCGCAAGACCAGCCUCGACUACGGAAAGGAGGAGCUAGACAACGUGGAUCACCCCGGGAGAGGCGAUUCUAGGGAAAUACCGGUUUGGCAGCAGGUAUUCAGAUCGGCUCUGAUUCUUCAUGGGCGCGAGAUGAUUAAUAAUGCCGUUGAGACUGAUUGGGGCGUAUUCUACGAGGACGGGAGCAAAGAGGGUGAAAAGCGAUUGGUCCAGCGCAUGAUAGGCACCGGCGUCCGGUGUAUUCAGCUUGCCGGGGCGUCGAUUAAUGGCUUUAUCCAAAAGGAGCAUUUCGAGGAUGUGUGCCGGAGCAGGGAGGCCGCGGUGAUAUCUGCAUUGUUUCUGAAGCGGGAUAGAUUAUUCACGAAGGAUGAUGGGGCCUGA